ACUGACUGGCUGAAACAAUCAAUCAGGUGGCUAUACAAUGAAAGCUAUCGUUUGUGUUUUUUUGGCCCUUUUGGCCUGCGUAGCAGCCUACGAUGUGGAGCUUCUCAGCGAGGAGCAGUGGAACCAGCUGGUCGAACGUAAUCCUGCCAAGCCCGAUACGCAGGGCCUGAUCCUGAAUGGAUCGGCCAAGAAGGCCAUCAGGGGUUUGAUUAACCAAAUGCCCUGCGGCUGGCCCGAGUAUGGAAUCCCCCCAAUGGCCCCCUACACCAACGCUGAUCUGCGCAUCCACUUGGCCGAGUCGGUCGUGGAUAUGCUGCUUCAGUUCCUGCGCUUCCGUUUCGAUGGCCUGGAGAACAUGGAGAUCAAGAAGCUGAAGAUCAGCUAUACCUUCAGCAAGAAGGUCAAGUUCCAUUUCAACUUCAAGGAGCUGAAGGCCAGCGCCCACUUCCUGGACACCAACACUUUUAUGGACAUGCUGAAGCAACUGGGAUUGUCUGUGCGGUAUGAGAGCUCUGGUCCAUUGUCCUUCAGCCUGGAGAAUCUGUCGAUUCAGGGCGAGUUCAAGUACAAGAUGCCCUUCAUCUUCGGCUCCAUCAAGAUCUACAAGUUCAGCUGUAUCGUCGGACUGGGUGGCGUGACCUCCAACAUUGGCGGCAUAAUGGGCAACGGCAGGAUCAACGAGUUCAUCAACGACAUGGUGGACAAGGAGGUGCCGGCCUUCAUCAAUGGCUACCAGAAGCAGAUUAGCGCCAAGAUCGAGGAGAUCUUUGUGCCGCUGGUCAAUUCGCAUCUCACGGGUCACAAGAUCUGGUAUCUGUUCAGCAUGCUCUCCGCCGUCACCGGCACCUGCAACCCCACUCCCGCCCCCUGGUUGGCCAUGGAGUCCAGGAAGAUAGAGUAGAGUAGCAGCACCAUCAACCCGCAAUAAAUAGCAAUUCAAGCCAGUC